AUGGAUGACAAGGCUCCGUCUGACUUCUCUGAUGAUAGCCGUGAAUUGUUUGCAAGUGAAGAGCAGUCUACCACGACAUCUGAGAAUCUCGAUCAAUUUCUUCUGGUGAUUGCCGACUGGCAAGCCAAUCUCCUCAAUACCAAUAUACCUCCAUACUAUAAAGCCAAAUUAGAGCAAGUGGGAAAUGCUGCAAGCAGUCUUUAUUCUUCAGAAAGUGGAGAAAAGCCCGUUAACUGGGUUGCGAUAAGAAGAAUGGAGAAGGGCUUGCUGGACAUAAGCUGGAUCAUCAAACAACUUGAAGAAGUCAUUACUCCUUCGGGUGGUCUUCGUGAUGAGAAGUAUGUGUUUCAGGAGGAAACUCUCACUAUAAUCAUGGCCAAGAGGUGUGACAAUUUGGACAAAGACUUUGAAGAUUCGGUCUCAGCUCUGAUACUACCGGAGGCCGAGGCGUCUCGGGAGAAACCCUUGACCCGAGUGAAAGGAGAGAUCGCGGCUGCUAACAGUUUCAAUGCGAGUAGGGCAGUUCUAAUGGAACUUGCGGCCAAGUUGGAACUCCGCCCCGAGGUGAAGAAAGGAGUCAAACUCAACCUCGAGCAUUUGGGUCGCGAGAUUAUCUUCCGAGGCGACCUUCAGCGACCAAGAACUGGUUCAAGAUUCCUUGUUGAUACACAUGCUAUUCUGUUUGACCAUUAUUUGGUCUUAGCCAAGAGUUUCAUUGCAAGAGAUCAAUCACAGUCAGCCAAAACCGCACCCUCAAUCGACAAUUUUGAUGACGUUCAUGCAACAUUACCUUUCGAAUCUCGCGCCAAGCAACAAACCAAAACAAAGGAGGAUAUCCGCCCGUACGAGGAAUACGAUGUGUCGGAGCUUCCUAUUCCAAUGAUUCUCCUCGUUUUGGAAAGCACCAACGAUGAUCCCGUUGUCAAAUCUUCCGUCAGGGAUGUCGCAACUGUGACACCCCAGGGCAGCGUCAGCCCCCUAACCCACACUGGGCCUGGUGCUUCCAUAAAAGGCAGUGCUGCCAUUUCCGAAAACAAGGAUGAGAAGAUUUUGUUCCCGUUCAAGAUCAAGCAUCUUGGCAAAACAGGGACCUACGUGCUCUAUGCAUUCUCCGCGCAGGACCGUGUGAAUUGGUGUAAAAAGAUCAUUGAGGCGAAGACAAAACACGCUGCUGCUCUGCUUUCUCAGAAUGUGGAACCAUUUCGAUUGCGCGUGCUAGCGGAUACUGCUUUUGAAUACCCGGACCAGACAUCUAGAUCAGAGAGUAUCACAAUCAGCGGCACACCAUUACACCAUGCGAUCGGGGAGUUUGAGAAGAAAUACGGGGGGUCUGAACUCCGACCUCCACCAGUCUGCAGGACCGGUGUUAACUGCGCCACAGCCUUCCAGCAGCCCACAGGCCAACAGAUGUGUGCAGUGGGAACAGACUAUGGAGUUUGGGUUUCUGAUCUCAGCAAACCACGUGACUGGUAUCAAGCGAUUCCCUUUAUGCGAGUUACCCAGGUUGCUGUCUUCGAGGAGUUCAACAUAUUACUACUCAUCUCGGAUGGAUCUCUCAUUGCAUACCACCUUGAUGUUGUUUGCCCUGCUAGCGGGAUUACUUCUAAAUCACAGGAUAAUGUCCGUCGAGUAGCACAGAAGCUGUCUGGAAAAUCUGAAGUCGGCUUCUUUGCCGCGGGUCAGAUGAAUGAUCGCUGCUUGAUUGUGUACAAGAGGCGUGAUGGAUUUUCCUCCACUUUCAAAGUCCUUGAACCCCUCAUACAGAAGCCAUCUUCUAGCAAAAGGCUCUUCGUCAAAGCUUUUCGUUCGCAGAGCGAACUUUUCCGCGAAUACGACGAAUUCUACAUUCCGGUCGAAAGCUAUGGCAUCAACAUGUUUCGCACUAGCUUCGCUAUUGCUACUAUGGUAGGCAUCGAAGUUCUCACGCUGGACAAAAAGCAAUCCUGGUCAGUCCCGGACUUCAAAUCAGAGGCUCCCGAGGCCUCGGAUACUCUCAUGAGCAUCGCCUAUCGUAUUAAAAACCUCCGGGCACUAGGUAUGUUUCGGCUCAGUGAUGAUGAGUUCCUAAUCGCAUACCAACAAUGUGGCGUGUAUGUCAACAAAUAUGGCGAUGUUUCACGCAGUAUCGUGAUGGAAUUUGUGGGCAGCGCGCACACUGCUUGUAUAAAAGGAAAUUUUCUCAUCCUUUUUAACGAUGACUUUGUCGAAGUUCGAAAUGCAAUGAACGGUCGAUUGAAGCAGGUAAUUCCGGGCCACAAUGUCGUUCGUCUUGACGAUGGUAGCAAAGUGCCGGGAGUAUUUGAUUCGAUCGGUUCGACACAAAAUACUGUCAAGAUCUGCAUGCAGCACCCGGAUUUUGAGCAAAUUCAGAUUGUGCUGGAGCUGGUCGAAAACCCCGAUGUUACCUACUAA